AUUAUUGAAUCAAAAGACUUCAAAGAAAAAAGAAACACAGAGAUUCAAAUGAAAGGCAGCGUGAUUCAAAUGAAAAGCAGCAACAAAAUCCAAAGCCAAACGCAGUUAAAGAGCGAAAAGCCAUUAAAGCCACCGUUUAGACCUGCAAAAGACGAUACCAAGCCUCUUCUUCAAGACCCGGUUGAAGAUAUUUUGGGUUUAAUUGUUUUACAGAUACUGAGAUCAGACCCCAAUGAAACAGAGGAAGCUGUGCUGCGUUUGCCUCCUUUUCCUUCACUCAAUUGAAAAUUGAUUUCCAUGGAUUUUGGCAUUGUAUUGUAAGACUUAAAAUUGCUUUAAUUGCUGUUAAUUUGUGGUGUUUGUUUGUUUAAUUGUGUUCGUAGAUGAAUGGGUUUUCGUGUUUCGAUUCAUUGGUGGAAACAACAAGUUGCAAGUUUAAUCUUUAAAUCCCAUUCAUUAGAAAUUACAAAGUCCUGAGAGUUUUUGACAAAAAAAAAAAGCCUGCUAUAAGAUUAUCUUGAUGGGUUGUUUUCUCA